GGUGGUAAGUUUGGCGGUCCGUCAUCGUCUCCGGUGCGGUUUGUAGGGGCCCACUUUUCCCGGGGGUAAUAUUUCGGUUUGGAGCUCUCCUGUAUGCCCGGGGGUGGUUAGUAGAUGGAUUAGACAAAAGAAAAUUGUCGUUUUGAUGGAUGAUGGUUGCAUAAAUCAAGGAGACGCAUGGUGAUUGAAAGAACGACAUCUUAGUGCUCAGCUGAGAAAAAACUCGGUUACUAGGAUACUGGAGCUGCUGGCCUACUAUCGUUGGGAUAACUCCUCGUGGGGCAGUCGGGUUAAUGAGCUGUGCGGAGAGAGUAAAACACGGGAGCCAGCAGAGUAGGUAUUUCGGCUAUUGGAGAGAGUGAGCGCAGCCAGGAAUAAAGGAUAGUGACGUGAUUUUCUGGAAUUUGGUGUGUGACAAUGGUCCAGUCGUUGAAAGGAUGCUGUGGAUGUGAUUCCCCGUAAAUAAAUGAAAAUAAGUGAAUCAGAGAAAUAAGAAUUUUAACCAGGUGUCAGGUGUCAAAUAUUCUACAUGGUGCGAUACUCGUCAUAAGAUAUCUGAUUCAGGUGACAAAAUAGAUUUCUAAAUUGAUGAUAAACCAGUGAGCCAAAUACUUCGAAUCAAAGAAAUUCGGCAGCUGUUUUCCAAACAAAACCAAAGUGAAGUGAUUUAACCAUCGAGCAAUUCCGGGGAUCACAGCAUUAGAACGAACAAAGGAUCGUCAAACUCGUGACUCCCACGGUAAAGAACUGCCAGCCGACUGCCAAGGCCCACCACCACCAUUUCGCGUAACAGUCUUCAUGCAGUAAAAGUUUGAAACAAGUUUUUAAUCUCCGAAAGAAAAAUCGUGUUCUCCGCCAUAAAAUUCAGAUGAUACAAAGUUAAUCAUAGUGUUCAACAAAGUUAGUUACCGUGGCGUUCAGUGUUAAUCAUAGCAUAAAAUAGUUUAUCCCAUAGCCGGUAGAUUCUCGUUGAUAUUGAAGUAGUUUGCAAUUCGAUUAGAUCGUCUCCGCUUAGAAGUAGAUGAGUUAUAAAAUUCGUUAAAUUCACUGCCUAUUCGAUUAUCGACAUGCUUCGAAGAUAAGAAAACGUCGACAAAGGAGUCAGAUUUCAAUCUCUUCGGAAAAAAAAUUACCGAGAGAACCAACUUUGUUCUUCAACGGGAGGAGAAAAUCAAUUUACUUGGAUCGUGGAGCACAUCAAGUCAGUGUCAGGAUGGGCGAUACUCAACAACUAGUGAAGCAAGGUUCAUCGUCACCUGCAACGCCAUCCACAGAACAAUCCGAACCUGACGCAAGCCCGACGACAUUGUCCGGAAGUUCCAACGGUAUCUGCAGCACGGCAAACACAGCAACAUCGAUGUCAGUAGCAACCACGUUUCGGAAGCGCUCGCGGCGAACGGCGAGCUUCCAUCGACAUCGCCAUAAAAGGCUGAACGGCACCGACUACGACGACGGUGAAAUCGUAACCCAAUCCCCCACAAUGCACAACGGCGAGAGUGGUACGGAGAAUGUAACAAUCCGUCUGCUUCAGCACUGCCCACCGCCAGUCACAACGGAGAAUAAUCUCCCAGAUGUGACGACUAGAACUAGUAGUAUAAAGCAGCACAACCACCCACGCAUUCCAAUCGAGAUAAGCACGGAGACUGGUCGGUGGAAUCCCACUUGCAGCUUCCACAGUGGGAAACGCUCCGGAUGGGGCCGGUGGUCUGUCGUUCACCAUCCAACGUCGCACUCAGCCAUGAGCAGUAGUAGUUGCUUCAGCACUAGCUGCCGACAGUACGUUACUCUACUUUCCACGGUUGUGGGACCACUGCUGCUACUGUCCUGUCUCCUGUCGCCGGUUGCAGCUGCUAAAUCGGGUCAGCAAAUCGUCGUCAAUUCCGGCAGCUCAGCUGCGGUGACGGGUGCCAUGGAAGGGGGUGGUCCGGUGGCGGCAGCCCAGAAGCAAUCGCGCCACCAGUGUUCCGUGUCGGAACAUUCGUGCAACAAUGGCCGCUGUGUGCCACUGAACAAAUAUUGCAACAAUGUCAACGACUGCGGCGACGGAAGCGACGAACCGCGGUUUUGCACACGAUGCAAUCGAACCUACUAUGGCAAUAUGGGACUGACGUACGAUCUAGAGCUGCAUCGACCAAAAGAGGACCGCAUUCCGUUCGUGUGUAUUCUUACGUUUACUGCGGCAGGAGGAAACCAUGGCGACAUCGUUCAGAUCACCCUGGACAGUUUUACGCUGGGCAAAUUUGUGUCCUACACCGAGAACGGUUGCCCCGAUGGAUACUUACAGGUGGCGGAAGCAUCCCGGACGCCCGUCGGUGGAAUGUGGUGCGGCACGACAUGGGGACCGGCAACGUUCUUCAGCGAGACACGGUCGCUCGUAAUGACCGUUAAACUGCUCAAACUCUCCCGUGACCAAAGUGGCUAUAAUUUCGACUUUCGGAUAAAGUACAAAAUGCUCUCGCGUGACAGUGCCGUCGUGCGGUACGGAGGCAUCAAGCACGAAGCCAUCGCACCGUGGACCAACGUCAGCUACAUUCCCAAUUAUCCGAUAAUUGACGAUUUCACCAACUCGACGGCCCAUUCCGAGAAACAGUUCAGUGGACAACGCUCCAGCGGUGGCUCAAUGGAGCUGGCCUUCGACAACUCAACCGGAAGGGCGUAUGCCGGUUCGUUCGGUUCCGGCAGCAGCGGUGGCUUCUUUCAGAACCAAAACCGAGACCGACCGUAUUCAAUUAGGAACCUUACUUCACUGGCAUUCCAGCCCGGUAGUGGCGUCCAGGCAGUGAACUACACCGAGCCCAAGUACUAUCUAGGUGACCUAAUGCCGGGGACUUACUGCUCUAGGAUUUUCACCAACUGUGAUAAAAAGGCCUGCCGACUGCAAUCGCCCAACUUCCCUGGUGUUUAUCCACGGAAUUUGACUUGCUACUUUGCUGUGCGACAGCAUGACGUUCCACCGGGCAAACAUGCCUUUAUCGUGAUCAGCCAACCCAAAGGAAACCUGGUAUGGAUCUCAACCGAAGCCUCCACAGCGACCAUUGCCAGCGCCACCAGCGACAAGGAUAAGAAGUACCGACCCCGGCUACACACCUGGAACGAGUGCGACAGCGUCCAGGACAGUACCAAUCCAAAAUGGAAAUCCACGGACUACAUAACUGUGUACGACGGCUACACCACUCGGGAUCCGGUUAUCCUGAAACUCUGCGGCGGUGGCGAAUCCAUCCCAGCAGCGAUCUCCAGCGGACCUGAACUGCUCGUCGAGUUCACAACUUCACCGUACGGAACCUUCAGUAAUCCGAAAACCAGCUCUCACUCGCUGCACGGUUUCCAGUUAGAGGUCUCGGUGAAGUUCGUCGACCUCCAGAGUCCCACCUACGCCAAGAGCAAACGCAUCUGCGAAUUCUGGCUGCGAGGUACCGGUCACGGGGUCCUGCAGAAUCCCCAGCACUCGUUAGCCCCGAACACCACCUGUCUCUAUCACUUGCAAGGAACGGAAGCACUUUCGCUGGACGCGAUCAACAUCCCGAGGAGAUCCGGCGCGCUGUCUACGUCGCCAACGCGCUUCAAGGUGUGGAUUUCGGUCAUGAAGUUCGAGUUGGCACCGGAGUUCGGAGCAAGCGAAGAGCAACAGAUUCAGUAUCAAACCAAAGAGGAUUGCACCGGAAUGCUUCGAAUCUGGGACGGACCACUGAGGGAGGUUCCGAUUUGCAAGGAUAUCGAUUGUUUGGCGAUGGAUAAAGACGGGCAUUUGAGACCGACUAUUCGCUUCGGACAGAAUAGUACUAAUGUAAUUGCUCGGUACUGUGGCGGGACGGUUCAACGCUCGUGUGAUCAUGGGAUGUUGAACAUUUCAAAUGCAAGACCUUGCACGUUGGCAGAAAGCUUCGUGUCGAGCAGUGACUUUGUGACGCUAGAAUUGCGGACAACGGAGUCGACGGUGCUGCGGCCCUUGCAGUUCGCAUUGAGAUACGAAUUCGUAGAUUUUAUGCAGGACGGAAUGCCGAUCAGUGGGGAGAAUGACUGCAACCGCCGGUUUGUUAGCAGUCAAAUGGACAAGAAGGGGCCACACCCGGUACGAAGCGUGCGGAAUAUCUUCCUGUUCGGCAGAGGGGGUGCGAAGCAUUUGCAUUGCGUCUACCGAUUUGAAGCACAACGGGGCGAACGGAUUCGGGUUGAGAUUUCAAGGGCGAUGACCGGAAAUCGAACUUGUGAUUCGCGUGUUGAUCCGGAUACUGGUCGUUCGUAUUGCUUCGGAAACAGCAGUGCCAGGAUAGAGAUCUAUGAGCGGCCUUGGCACGAAUCAAUUCUAUUUCCAAGGGGCUGUAUCUGCAACUCCACCAACAGAUCAUAUCUUCCGAUAGUAUUUACAUCUACCGGGCGGGAAGUGGAAAUUCAUUUCCGAGCAGAAAACAUGACCAGCGUAGAUGAUCCGGACGCGUUGAACUUUGAAGGAUCGUUUGAAUUCGUCAAGGCGCCACUCAUGUGCAAAGACGUCCGAAGAAAGAAUGCUGUUACUGGAAUCGUGAAUCUGUCCGCUGGAGAAAUGGAGUGCCGUACCCGUCCCUGGUUGAUAGAACCAUCGCAUGAUAAAUAUAUUUACAUCCGAAUGCGUGGCCUGUUCCUCCGUAAGAAUGAUCCCGCCGCACCGAUGAAGUACAACGCUAGUCUCAGCACCGUAACUCCGAUCCGAUGUAACACCAAGUCCCGUGUGAUAAUCUCCAACAGCGAAGGAGUUACGCUCACGGCAUGUCCACUUCCGGAUGACACAGCUCAUCGCCACAUGGUGGAAGUCUUCAGUGCAGGUUGGACGCACCUGCACCCGCACUUUGGAAUUGAGCCGUCGAAAGCGAUUUCCGUAGAGUUCCUGCACCCAGACGAUGAGACGUAUUCGUUUACUUGGCUUGAAAUAUCCAAGCGAGGUUCACAAAGCUUCACGAUGAUUCGUGAGGAUUGUCCAUUCACCUGCCCUGGUCUAGACGCUUGUGUCAACGGAUCUAUCUUCUGUGACGGAAUUGAGCAAUGCCCUUCGGGCGAAGAUGAAUCUUUCACUCAUUGUUCGGCGUUACUUCGACUGCCUGCGGAAGUCCUAGCCGGGUUCAGCGUACUUCUGUUGCUGUUAUGCUGUGGUCUGGCCGCAUACGUAUAUCGAAAAAUUAAACGCCGCUGUCGAAGGACGUCCGUGCUGCAGACUCGUCUCAAAUCGCUAAGUUCGAUGGAUACGGCCGUUUUCGACGAGAAAGAGGUGAUUUGCUGACAAAGCGACAAUUCUGUGCGAUACGUGGAAAUUGAUCGAGUGACUACGGUCUGACCACAUACCGCACAGAAUUGUCUUCCAGAUUUACGGCAGCAAAAGGCCACCACCUCUAUUACCACCAUCAUCAUCAUAAUCUCCAGACUACUUAACUGAGAGGUAAGUCUCAGCGAACAGAACAUUUGCAGUUGAACUGCAGUCGAGUAGAUACGGUAGGGAACAUUCGAACAUACAGAUUUCAAACAAACUUGUUGAAUAGUCCCUCGGCAGCUCAAUAUAUGAGUGCGAAUAAGCUUAGUGAGGCGAGCUAAACAGAUGAGACUAAACUGUCAUUUUGUACUACGUUUUAGUAAUACUCUGAACAAACUUUAGAAUGAGACUUAACGCCGAAGUUUAAGGUUAGAGGCGAUAUCGUUCGUAAACCGUUUUAGAAGGCGACUAGUCCGACUUUUCAAUUACCUAAGCAUAACCGAAUCUAAUCAAUCUCCCAACUAUGUAGGAUCAAACAGAAACUGAAGAAACUGACGUUUUCGGGGAAUGGAAUUUUAUGAUAGAGCAGAACAAAAAAGCUUUCCAACAAAAAUUGCAUGCAAGCGAAGAGCUUUGAAGUCUACCGUAACCAAAAAAAAACACUUCAUAAAUUCUGAUCAAUGCGAAAUGAAAUACUCAGAAACAGUUGUAAGUUGACCUCAUUUCUCGAGGUCCCUAACUCAAAGUCACUCAACACUCCCUAAUUCGAAUGGUGAAGUGACAAGAUUGUUAAACAGUAAAAUAUGAAAAAAUAAGAUAUUACUUAAAUCAAAAUAAAUGUGUAAAGGUUAAUUAAGUAAAGAUUUUUAACAAAUUAAAUGAAGCAUAUUUACUUAAACCAAAAUAAAAGUAUAUUCAUUAAACCAGAAUAAAAACAAGCAAACAGUUAGUGAAUUUUAAAAACUACUACAACUCUGCAUUAAAGAAAAAAAUUAAACUUGACAGAAAAGAGAAAGAAACCAAACUUAGGAAGUUCAGGAUUGUUGAAUUGUUACUUAUAUCGGUUUUUAUAAUAAACGGACCAAUAUUUCCAAAAAUGACACGCGGAUAGUGAGCAACAUGAAGCUAGCAAAUGUAUGACGCGAUGACACAGAACAAGUUGGAAGGAUGUAAUUAGAAACUUUUUGAACAAAAAGAAAAACAAAUAGAUCUAAACUAGACACUGAAGCCAAUUUUUACCGUGGUUAGAUGAGUUACUUUAAAAUUAGAACUACUGCUGGAGAAAUGUAAUUUGAUCUUUUCGUUUUACUUUUGAUGAUGCAUUGGAAGAGAUAAUUUUAGUAGAUACAAUCAGUAAGUAUAAAUAAUUCGGAAUAACAGCAGUUACCACUUAUUGUGUAAUUCUCUUUUCAUUCCAUGUCGAUAUCAGUUAAAAUUUAUAAACCUUGAACAACUGUUUAAAUCGGAAAAGAAGCACCAAUUAAUAAACUGCCAGCUGAAGUUUUGAUACGGACGAGCGUCAAUGAGCUUAGGAGGCCAUUUUUCACUGACAUUAAUUGCAUUUUCAAAGUUGUACCGAAAGGCUAUAUGAUUGCUUCAAAAAAGAACUUUUGAUAGAAGAUCCGGAGACCCAUUGUGUUAUAUACCGAUCGACUCUGCUCGACGAACUGAGGUGAUGUCUGUAUGUGUGUGUGUAUUUUGUAGACACACUUUUUAAAACUUAAGCAUUAUCCGAUUUCCUCGCAACAAGUUGCAUUCGAUGGGGAAUUGUUUGCUAUUGAGAACUGGCUCGAUCGGACAUUGCAUUUCGGAAUUAUUGAAAAAUCAUUGUUUUUUCCCAAGGGUCCCCCAUUGGAAAAAAAAGCUCCGCACGACGGUAGUUCCUCCCAAAAGUCCUUCAGAAGUUCCUACAGAAAUUCCUACGGAAGCUAUCCGUUGUGUUGUUCUUAAUUCCGAUAAAAACCACAGAUAGAAGUCCUCCGGAAGGCCCUCCAAAAGUUCAUUCGGGAGUUACUCCAGCAAUUCAUCCGGAAUUUCCUCCAAGAAUUCCUCAGAAGUUCGUCCAGCAAUAAGCAAUAAGAAUUCGCGGAUUCGUCGGCAGGAGGAAAGAGUUGGACGACGAUUCAACACAAGAAUGCCUUCAUCGCCACCAGCGAGAACAAUCUGGGCGAACUGCGCACCCAGAGAAAACAAUGAAUCACCGAUGAGACCUGGAGGAUGAUAGAGGAGCGAAGAGAAGUCAAAGCCGCGAUAGAGCGAUCAAAAACCAAAGGAGCCAAAGUCUUAGCCCGUCAACGAUACGCGGCUCUUGAGAAGGAAGUAAAACGCUCAUGUCGACGGGACAAGCGAGCGUGGGCAGACUCUCUGGCCGACAAAGGAGAGAGAGUCACCGCAACCGGGGACAUUCGCCUCCUCUACGAUAUCUCACGAUGCUUAAGGUGGUUAUACAACAAAGCCACAAAUCGGCCAUCUUGGAAACCACGUGCUUUUUCUAGUGAUUUUUCAAGAGCACGAAUUGAGAGAACCACAAUGCCCAUGGGGAUGAAACAUCCGUAGAUCGUUUGCUUACUCAUGCUAAACAAUCGACUUUAAUUUCAGCAUUGUACAAAAAUUAUUACGCUAGAUUUGUACCUUUGAUAAUACGAGUAGAAAACGUGUGGUGAAUUUGAAAUUCACCACAUGGCUUGAUUGUAUAAUCACCUUAAGCGGGGCG